UUUAUGUCUUAUAGCUUGCCUUGAAGGGAUCUAACUAUGCUGGUCUGCUGGAGCGGCAUCGCAUUCAUACAGAAAAUGUGGAGCAUGUUGUAGACAGUUUACGGAAUGAGAGGAUAGAAGUCCGUCUUGUUAAACGUCGAGAAUAUAAUGAAGAGACUGUUCGGUGGGCAGAUGCUGUUAUAUCAGCAGGAGGUACGACUUUGUGGAAGGUGAUGGUACAAUGUUGUUGGCAGCCAGUAAGGUCUUUGAUAAAUUUAAACCAGUUAUUGGAGUAAAUACUGAUCCUGAAAGAUCAGAGGGUCACUUGUGCUUGCCUGUGAGAUACACACACUCAUUUCCUGAAGCACUACAGAAGCUUUAUCGUGGUGAGUUCAGGUGGCAGUGGCGACAAAGAAUCCGACUGUAUCUUGAAGGAACUGGUAUUAACCCAACCCCUGUAGAUUUACAUGAACAGCAGCUGAGCCAAGAGCAACACAGCAGGGCUCACAUAAAUGAAAGAUUCCAGGAUCAAAGAUCUGACAUUUCUGGUCCACAUCUUUUACCAGUGAGAGCACUCAAUGAAGUCUUCAUUGGGGAAUCUCUUUCAUCCAGGGAGAACUUUAAGUCCUGCAAACCCAGUUUUAAAUUCUCGCUUCAUAGGGCCUCCUAUUAUGAGAUAUCAGUUGAUGAUGGUCCUUGGGAAAAACAGAAGAGUUCAGGGCUUAAUGUCUGUACUGGAACAGGAUCAAAAGCAUGGUCCUAUAAUAUUAACAAGAUAGCACAUCAAGCUGUUGAAGAGAUCCUUAAAAUUGCUAAAAAGCAUGGAAGUUUGAAUACGCCAUUGAAUGCGGAACUAGUACAAAAAGUAACAAAUGAUUACAAUGAGUCCCUGCUCUACAGUCCAGAAGAACCAAAGAUGUUUUUCAGUAUUAGAGAACCUAUUGUAAAUAGAGUUUUCUCAAGUAGCCGGCAGCGUGGCUUCUCUUCAAAAGUCUGUGUUCGUUCCCGUUGUUGGGACGCAUGUAUGGUUGUAGAUGGAGGAACAUCUUUUGAGUUCAAUGAUGGGGCGAUAGCUUCAAUAAUGAUUGAUACAGAGGAUGCACUGUGCACUGUUCUGCUGGAAGAAUGAAGGACCCUAGUUUCUUCUGCUGAAACAAUGCUGGAUCCAGAGGGAGAACUCCUGGAGAUAGACAGCACAUCACCAUGCUGCAUUACGUUGGAAGCUGGCCUUUUUGGAUGCAAGAGUAUUUGAAGGAAGUUUUGAUCAGUUUUUCAUUCCUUUGGGUUGGUGAAACCUUAGCCUCAUAUUUAAGCUCUAUUUGCAUCUGAUGUAAAAGAAAUAUAUCUGAAGUCUUACCUCUAACUUCAGUGAAAAUUGACAUUUUAACCUGUAAGGCAAACAUGAAAGAAUAUCUUUUUAAACACAGGUAGAUGGAUUCAAGUAUUAAGUCAGUAGCAUUAAAUAUUCAGAUGUACAGUUUUUUAGUAACAGUCUGGGACUGAUGAACCUGAACACCUUCAUACGUAUACUUUUGUAGAACCGUUGGCUGUCAAUCUAGCAAGGAUAUAUAGAUUUUGGAAAAUCCUGAUGUUGAUGUAAUAGAAAUGGAAAUACAAACCUUUUGUAUGCUUCUCAAAAAUUUUACAACUUUGUAGUUUCAUACAACUUGUGACAUUUUUUUUUUCUCUUUUAGUAUUUUUUCUACUUUGUAGAUUUACAUAAAAAGUAAAAGUCUGGCUUAGUCACACCUUGAAUGAGGUAGCUCUUACCCUUCUCCUUGGCUAGAGAGGGACUUGAAACCCAAGGGUUUUCUUGAGCCCUUUAAUAGGCAUAUACAAACAAAAGGAAACAUGACGAAGGAAGAUACACUCCUUCACUGAAUGGAUUAGCUGGCUAGCAAGUGUUCAGUCACAGUAGCAUAUAUGUAAGUGGCUAUCAUUAAGAAAGAUAUUUGGCCUUAUUGAGUUGAAUGGUUUGGAAUUUUAGGUUCUGAGUUUCUUUAGGUGGGUGCUUGGAGCACAAGUUAAUACCUGUAUGUCACUCAGUUUUCCAUGUAUGUUUUUUUUUAACUUUACCAUAAAGUUUAAAUUUCCAAUCCUAUGCUCAAUUUUACUGAUAUUUAAUUGGCAACUAAUUAAUUUUACAUGCCUCUGAUUAUGUGUUAGCUAAGCAAGUUGAUAAUAGGGAAGAAACUGAUCAUAGAAAAGGAAGUGACUUUUUAGAUGUUUUAGAGAAACUGUGAACUAUGACUGACUUUGAAAGUUUGUGCUGAUAAUCACAUAGAUAAGGGGGCAGAAUCUGACAAAAAAGAAGACUCCUACAACAGGAACUCUUCUGUUACAUGACUUGAAACAAAUGGGUUUUGUCCUGUGUACUACAGGUACAUUUCCAAAAGUGAGUUUUCUUCAAACUGCUUUUGAUUGAAGAGACUUCUGUAACAGAUGUUCUCAGGUCUAAUGGAAAUGUUCUCCUGUGCUGCCAAUUGGUGUAUUUAUUGCCAACCUCAAAAUGUAAACUGAUCUUUAUAGGUAGAGGAAGUGGAUAAAGGAUUUUUUUCCUUCUACUACUUAAUUGUAUCCACUCCAAACCUGAAUUUAGAGUAAACUGAUUUGAUCACACCAUUCAAUUCCAGGAAAAUGUGAUACUGAUGGAACUUCUUUGAAUAAGCUAUCACUGUUUGUGUACAUUUCACCUUUUAAGUCUGCUGCAGAUUUAGUUACACAAUCUGAGUUAUCAGGAUUGCAGACCAGAAGGGGAAAACCAAAGCAAAUAUUCUUUAAAAAUUUGGUAAGUUCAGGAACUAUCAGAAUAAAGUUUUUAAUAAGCUAAAAUCUGCAAAACUCGUCUAAAAGUAAAGAUUCAAAAGACUAAUCUUUCUUUAGGAAGUUGGCUGCACAGAGACUAUGGUGUUUUAGUUAUGCCUAAUCCAUCUAGAACCAGUUAAGGAUGGUUUAUGUGCCUCUGUCUAGUACACUAGUCAAUAUGCUGUUAAGAGUAAAAUAACCUACCACCCCACCAAUGCCAUUAACACUAAUUUAUAACUUCCUAGGACUUUACCACUGUGUUAGAUCAGAGGUUUAGGUAUUGAAAGUGUCCUUGAAUACCUGCAUAUACAAAUUUAUGUAAAAACCCUGACCCCUGCUUAUUUGUGUGCUGUAAUGUUUUAAUGGAGACUGAUUAGUCUGAUCAGGGUGCAUACCUCUUGAAGAUGCCAGUCAUUCUGUAUUCUGAAUGCUGAGACUAAACAGCCAUGUUGUCAGGCCCUACAUACAAUCUGGUUUAGGGCUCAGUAGGAGAUUUUGCAAUCAAAUUCUCAACUUAGCAAAAUGAAAACCUCACCUACUCAUGAGUGGCCUCUAUUGGUUUUGUCUGUAUUUAAUUGCACUUCUGUUGAAGCAUUUACUGGUGAAUGCUUGAUUUAAUAAGAUGAUUUAGAGAUCUAUAAUAGAUAAAACAGUAAGCAGCUACCUUUUUUUUUUAACAAAAUAAUUGUAGAAUCCUUUUUAAGGAUCCUUUAUUACAAAGGAUUGAAGUACAGACAACUUAAUCUGAUAGACAGUAUUCAGUGACAGGACUGAAUAUGGGUUUAACACUCAUUUAAUCUGCCCUGGACUGGCAGUGAACUUCACACCUCUUCCACCUGCUGAAUCAGAUCCAUGGUAUUUCUAUUUAGUGCCAGUCCAUACCAUGUUCUGCUAAACUAGACCUGUCAUUCUUUGCUUUUUUUAAAGUAAGUGGUGUUUAUAUAUUAUGUAAUAAAAAUGUAAAAC